GGGUUAGAGCGCUUUAGCCCACGUGACAACUACCCUGAGACAGCGAAGGCUUCAACGAGACUCGCUUUUGAGCAAAAACCGAGAAAAACCCAGCAAAGAUGUUCAAACUGGAAGGACUCGGGCCCAAAAUGGACCCAGAGGAGAUGAAGAAGAAGAUGCGCCAGGAUGUGAUCUCUUCUCUGCGGAACUUUCUCAUUUACGUCGCCCUUCUCAGAGCCACUCCAUAUGUGUUGAAGAAGCUUGACAGCAUAUGAAUGGAGCAGCUGGUUCCUUCUUCCCUCCAUCCACCCGGAGUUUCCUGCAUCAGGGACUACAUGGGUCUCCAGGAGCAGACAGCUGGGGCCAUUCCACCAUCUCUGUGGAAAGUGACCUGUGUUUGACCAUCACUGCACUGGACACACCAGCUUUUUUUUUUUCUUUUUAAGUUUUGUUCAAUGAUGAAUUAGUUUUAUUUAAAGUCUUUGUUAAAUGCACAGGUUUUGGUUUUUAGUGCAUCUGUCAAUGCCACACAUUAAAGAACAGUGUUGAUUUUG